GUUUGUUUAUUUUAUUCGGUUUUUAAAGGUGCUACAUUCGUUUACCGAAACUGGUUUCGUUCAUAUUUAAGAGAAAUACUUUAGCUUUUGUUAAGAUGCAAGUGUGCAGAGUUUGUCUAUGUCAGGAAGAUAACAUGCUGUUUCAUUCGCUGUUUUCAAUUCGAGAGGAUCGCACGAUCGCCAAGACGAUAAUGUUUUGUACUGGCGUGAAGAUUAAACGAACGGACGGCCUAUCUCAGCUAGUGUGUGGAACUUGUGCCGAUGAUUUCCUAAAAUUCUUCAAAUUGCGCAAACAAUGUCUGGAAACGGAUGCUUUUUUGAGGAGAAGCAUUCUUUUAGAAACACCGAUGAAUGCAGCACUAUAUGAAACAUCCAACGAAAAGGAUGCCCUGGAUACAAAUACAAUUGAAGAAGAGUCUAAAUUUAUAAUUGAAGAAAUUCAACAUCUUAAAACAGAAAAUGAAUCAAAACAAUCGGUGGUCUCGAGCGAAUGGGUAAUCGAAAAAAUCGAAAUAUUGAAAGAUGAAUUUGAUGACAUCGACGCUUCAGAGAGUAAUAAGUACAUGGAGAUCGAAUCAGAAACUGAAAAAGACUCGCAGCCCACUUCUAAGUUGCGACGAAAACGAAGAGCUUCAUGCAAGAUAUCACGCAAAAGGAAGAAAAUGUCUACUUUUAACGACGAUAUUUCAUCGAAGUUUGUCUGUUGUAGUUGUCCCUCUGAAAUAUUUGAGAGUCAAGAGGCCUUGGAAACGCAUCGAACAGAUCACCAUGAAAAAUAUCGAAUUGCGGAUAACGUUAUUCGGCCUUAUGAGUGUGACGUUUGCUUUCAACGUUUUCUAACGGAAAAACAUCUUCAACAGCAUAAGGCGCGACCCUUCAAGAAACGUGAACAUGUUUGCACCUCGUGUGGGAAUGCGUUUUUCGCAAGUAGUACCCUCAAAAAACAUGAAGAAAUUUGCACUGUUACCGACCGAAACUACGCUUGUGACGAGUGUGGCAAACGCUUUACCCAACUCGGAUCGUUACGGAAUCAUUUGAAGCUUCACAAUUCAGAGAAAACGCACUCUUGUCCUAUUUGCGGGAAAACCUUUCUGAAAAAGUUCGAAGUACCACUCCAUAUGGUUACACACACGGAAGAGCAGCCGUUUCCGUGUGAUCAAUGUCCCGCGCGGUUCAAACGAAAGCAAGCAUUGAAAAACCACCAGCGGCAUCACAGCAAUCCAACGCCAUACAAGUGUGACCUCUGCGAUGAGUGGUUUAACAACUUCAGUGCAAGGAAGUUUCACCGCCAGAAGGUACACGAAGGGAUUGAACCUUUCAAAUGUGACCAGUGUGGGGCGAGCUACGGACGAAAAAAUCGGCUCGAUCAGCACGUCAAGCGUGCGCAUGUUGAAAACACAAAAGCCUCAAGUGAUGAUGCUGCCUGAAAUAUACAUGAUAUCUAAUGGCGUUUUCGUUUUUAAUUUGCACUACACCGGUGCAGUGCUACACUGAGGCAUGAAUAAACGAACAAAAAUGACGAAAACAUAAACAGUAACCAUUGACUACAAUUAACGAUUCCAUUGCACAGAGCUACACCAAACUUUUGAUGAGUGCUACACCAGUGGUAUCGGUGCAGAAACAGUGUAGCACUGGUGUAGUGCAAUUGGUAAAAACGAACGGUUUAGGUGCAGCUUUCGCUACACCGGUGUAGUGCAAUUUAAAAACGAAAACGACAUAAGUACCAAAAAUGAUUUUUCACUUUGAAUUUUUUUACUGUAGAAUAUUCCAUCCAUACACGCAGAAAAAUAGAACACAUUAGAUUCUAGUAUAUUGAGUCUUUAAGUCAGCUUCAAACAUUUGUUCGAAUCAAAUAAAAUGCAAUAGCAAUGCACGUUAGAUUAAAAUAUGUUGAGACAUGGAUUCAAAUUUGAAAAUUUCAUUGAAUCAAAUCUUAAAUUUAUUUGA